UCGCAGCGACCGCAGAAGAACCUCCGACGCCGGUCAUGAUCCCGCUCUCGACGGCCGCCUCCAGGUUUCGCCGAGCUCCUGAGAAGUAGCCGACGGCUUCGACCCGCUUCGUCGGCGGCGAUAUGAUCGACCUCAACCUCGGCGUCGCUCCCGCCGGCUCCGCCUCCAGUCCGACCCGGACGGCGGCCGAGAAGCUUCCGGAACCUCCCGGGAGCCGUCCGGUCGAGAGCACCGGGAGCUUCGCCUCCUCGAUUCUCAACGUCGAGGCCUCCGACGACACCUGCUCUCGCGGCGGCGACGGCGUCUUCGCCUACGACUUCGGCUUGGUCAGCAGCAUGGGCUCCCGCUGCGCCGGCGACGGCAAGCCCGUGGAGGUUUCCGAUGGCGAAGAGGGAGGUGACGGCGACCGGACGAUUCAGCUAUUCCCGCCGCCGCCGGCGGUUGAUGGCGGCGGCGGCGGUUUCGGAGCCGGAGACUUUUCCGGCUCUCGGUCGCGGCGUCAGCGUGCUAAGGAGACGCCUCAGCCGCCGCAGCAACAGAGGCCAUCCGUGAAGAGGAGUAGGCGCGGGCCGAGGUCUCGGAGCUCGCAGUAUCGCGGCGUGACGUUCUAUCGGAGGACCAGUCGCUGGGAGUCGCAUAUUUGGGACUGUGGGAAACAAGUGUACUUGGGGGGAUUUGAUACUGCUCACGCCGCUGCCAGAGCUUAUGAUCGAGCUGCCAUCAAGUUUCGGGGACUAGAUGCGGAUAUCAACUUUAACAUCAGCGACUAUGAGGAGGACAUUAUGCAGGUUAGCUUCGAAGGAGAUGGCAGUUCAGCUCGAACCUCAAAUUUCUCAGUGGGUUUGUAUCGUUAUUCCGGGUUUAUUGUUUUGCAGAUGAGCAACUUCACAAAGGAAGAAUUCGUGCAUAUUCUUCGGCGGCAAAGCACAGGAUUCUCUAGAGGGAGCUCCAAGUAUAGAGGUGUUACGCUGCACAAAUGCGGAAAAUGGGAAGCUCGGAUGGGGCAGUUCCUCGGCAAGAAGUAUAACUAUCUUGGGCUAUUCGAUAGCGAGAUAGAAGCUGCAAGGGCAUAUGAUAAGGCUGCAAUAAAAUGCAAUGGAAGGGAAGCCGUCACCAACUUUGAUCCAAGCAAAUAUGAAGAAGAAGAAGAAGAAAUGGGUGAGGCUGGGAAAGAUGGGAACCAUAGCCUCGAUUUGAACUUGGGGAUUGCCCCUCCUGAAAAACUUGAUAGUACUGGUAGUCCUCGUUUUCCACUUCAAUGGAACGACAUGCAUUGUUACCCAAUACCAAGGAUUGAGAACUCUUAUUCAGCCGUACCGGGGGCUCAAGAGCUCCACCACCCUGCUGCUGUGUCUGAGCAUCUCUCUCACUUAAGUGGUCAAAAUUCGAUAUUCUUUCCCAUGCACAAGGGAACAGCAAUAGAAAAGAGAGCGGAAGUUGAUCCCUUGUCAAACUGGGCAUCUCGAUACGGAGGCCCUUUUGGUGGAGCAACUCCCGUGCCGUUCUUCUCUACUGCAGCAUCAUCAGGAUUCUCUUCUUCAGUCGCUGCUAUGCCAUCAGCUGCUGCAUAUCACCAAUACCUUUAGUCGAUAUCGGCCUAGUUUUGCUUCACCAAUUACCACUCCACGACAAGCGGUUCACUGAUUAUUCAGGCACAGCUCCAAAGUUCUCUUUCGUACUGUGAGAGGAAUAUUGAUCUUCCACGCAGGACCGGCAGUCCAGUGCCAAAAGUUCUUGAGCCGAAAUACCAAUGUUUCGUGACAAACCCGAUUCUUCUUGUAAAGUGAAUCACACGAUUUCAUCUCUGUAGCAAAUAGUAAAGAGUUUGGAUUUUCGCCUUUUCCUUUGCCUCCUUCAUAUGUGAAUUUCGUUCAUAAACUCUCACUUGUUCAGGUACUUAGCUCCAGGUACAUAUUUUUCUUGAAUGGUCAGAAUUUCUCUACUCGAGUGCCUUCCCUUCAAGCAUAGAUAAUCCAGAUGCGGUUUUGUGCUUUCUCUCCAUUACCAUCCAAUUCUUGUAUAGAUAUCAAUAAAGAUCCUACUCUUCAGCUUCUAGACGAUAGAAGGUAUUGAUUGGUAGUUUUAAUUCGGUGAAUCUGUCGAAAUAUGCCGCUUAGAUGGGGAAAUAAUCUGAUAAAUGCGGGAUAGUAAAUUAGAAACUGUUACAAGCAUAGCCCUGGCUGUGCAAUACAAUUUA